GACACGUGUGUACAGAAUUAGCAACACAACCUUGUACCGUGACAAUAAAUAAUCUUAAUUUUUGUAAAAAUAGUUGUUUAAUUAUUAUAACAAAUAAGAGCUUUGUUUUAAGAUAAUUAAAACUUCAAAAUAAUGGCGAAAAAACUGAAAAUAAGUUUGAUUAAAAGAAAUAAUCAAAAGAAAACUAAACUUAUGAAGCAAGGGAAACUUAAAACGAGACGACAUAAACCAGCAAAAAAACAAGUUCAAAAAACAGUACCUUCGCAUCCGGAAGCGAUCGAAGAAGAAGAAGAAAGUGAUCAUGGCGAAGAUCUUAUGAACAUGGUUGAGAAAGAUGAUUUGGACUUUCUUAGAGAUGCUAUUUCCAAUAAAUCCUAUAAUUUGUUGCAGCAAAUACGUUUAAACGAAACAGUCAACGGUAAGAAAAAUGAUAACAACCAAAAAAGAAAAAAUGAAGCAACGUUAGAAGAAGUAUAUGAAAAUGAUGUGUCAAAAAUGAUUAAGGAUAGAGGUAUAAAAAAGGUUCGUAUGUUACUUCCUACAAAAACUCAAAAUGGAGUUAUAGAAAGAAGGUUAAUCGAAGAGACUAAUAAUGAAGAUAAUGAAAAUGAAUCUGACACAGAGGAUGAUACACAAGACACCAAAGUGGAAGAAGAAAAGGAUGUAUAUACCGAAGAUCAAGAUGAAAAUAAAAGACCCGUGUCUAUGAUAGAAUUCUUAGCAUGCCGUAAAGAAGUGCUAAGGUCUAAACGUUUAAAGAUUGGAUUACUUUCUAGUACACUUUUAGAAACGCCUGAAAAUAAAUCUGAAAAUUUUAAAGCACUUUUAGAACUAAUGGAAGAAACUGAUCCAGAAGUAUAUGUUACAGUUAGAAAGCUAGCAACUGUAUCUUUGUUAGAAGUUUUUAAAGAUUUGUUGCCAGCUUAUCAUAUUCUUCAAAUUCAACAAGAAGGUGUAAGAUUUAAAAAAGAAACGUUCGCACUGCAAAAUUAUGAAGCUGUAUUAUUAAGGAGCUAUAAACGGUAUUUACAAAAACUGGAGAAAAUGUCUAGUGUCUUAAGAAAGAAGAAGGGAGAUAGACGCCAAUUAAAAGAACAAUACAUUGAAUUAGGCAGACUGGCACUAAAUUGCAUGUGCGAUCUUUUAACAACACAUCCUUACUUUAAUUAUUCUGUUAACAUAGCAAAUUUUCUUAUACCGUUCUUGGAUAAUAAAUAUGAGUUUAUAAGACAAUGUGUAGCUAAAUGCAUUUCUCAAAUAUUCAAAGAAGAUAAACGUGCGGAAUUAUCUCUUACGAUAGUACGUAGACUAAAUCAGUACAUAAAAUUAAAAGCUCAUUCCGUUCACUCUGAAGUUAUAUCUGUACUCUUGUCUCUUCGUAUCAAGGAUGUGAAUUUAGACAAAGAAAAAGUGGAAGAAACUAAACAAAAAAAACUCGUAUCUCAUAAACAAAGAAUUCUUGCUUUAAGUAAACGCGAAAGAAAAAAAAAUAAGAAGUUAGAGCAAGUAGAAAAAGAAUUGCUCGAAACUAAAGCAGAAGAAAAUAAACAAUCUAAACAGAAAAUGCUUACUGAGAUAACAAGUAUAGUGUUUACAAUUUACUUUAGAAUUUUGAAACAAAAUCCUAAUAGUAGGAUUUUAUCUAUUAGUCUGGAGGGUCUGGCAAAGUUUGCGCAUUGUAUAAACAUGGAAUUUUAUCAAGAUUUAGUAACUGUCUUGGAUAAAUUAAUGGAAGAAGGCAAUUUAAGUAUGAGAAAUCAAUUACAUUGCAUACAAUGUGUAUUUACCAUAUUAUCGGGUCAAGGUUCUGCAUUAAAUCUUGAUCCUUACAGGUUUUAUGUACAUUUAUAUAAAAAUUUAUUAAAUAUUCACUGUGGUAAGACCCACCCAGAGACAGAGAUCCUUAUAAAAACUUUAGUACAAGUUUUAAUCCAUAGAAGAAAAAGAAUUACGCAAAAUCGCUUGACAGCAUUUAUCAAAAGAAUGGCUAUUGUGACUAUGCAAUCGCAACAUAAUGCUGCCAUUAGUAUUCUAGGUAUAAUAAAACAAAGUAUGCAGCUUGGAAAAGCAGCGAAUGUUUUACUAGAUACUGACCAUAGUGCUGGAGAUGGUUUUUAUCAACCAGAAUUAGAAGAGCCUGAAUGUUGCAAUGCACAUUGUUCAGCAUUAUGGGAACUUGCAGCUUUGCAACGACAUUAUCACCGUAUUGUACAAAAAAUAGCGAAAAAUAUAGCUUCUGGAGUGCCGUCAACUGGAGAAGGUAGUUUACCUCCAGAUAUUGCAAAAUUAACUCCAGAAGAACUUUACGCUGAAUUUGAUCCUUCUGGUGUUGUAUUCAAUCCAUCAGUUCCAGUUCCCAAAAAGAGAAAUGUAAAGGGAACAGUAACGACUCAUCGCUUUAUAAGUACUAAAUUCAAGGAUUAUGUUAAUACUAUAAAUAACAUUGAAUUAUUCGCAAAUGAAUACGUAGAUUUUUAUAAAGCAUAUAACAGUCAACGUUGCAUGUAAUACAAGAAUAAAAUGAACAGUAUGUUACUUCAAACUGUGCAUAUUUUGUAAAUAAUUACAAAUAGAGUUCUUACAAUUGUUUUGUUAAUUUAAAUAGCAUAGUAGGUGCAGGCCCUAAAUGUCUCGUAUUUAGCCACGUAAUAGAUACUGUUCUAAAGUAAGUAUAUUAAAAAAUAUUUUACUGUAGUUAUAAGACAUGCCAAUGAAGUGAGUAACAAUAAUAAUUGUGAUGCAUAUAUUCAUAAACUAUUGUUUUGUAUCUAUUAUCACAAUUUAUAGAAUUUUAAAUCGACUGAAAACGA